CACGCCGGCCGUGACGGAAGCGCGCCGGGGUGACCUCACCGUCCAACAUGGCGGCGGCGGUAGAUUAGGGCCGCGGGUCGAAGCAGCAACCGCCGCUCCCGGGACCCAGCGCGAAGCACCUGCUGCCGCCGCCGCCUCCUUCAUCCCUUCUGGGGCAAGGCCGGGGCCAGAUUUCCAACAUCCUUAAUAGACCUCUUUGGAGCUUCUUCAGCCAGUUCAAUGGCGUCCUCUACUACUGUGCCUCUAGGAUUUCACUAUGAAACAAAGUAUGUCGUCCUCAGCUACUUGGGACUUCUCUCUCAGGAGAAACAAGAAGGUCCCUCACCCCAAGGAGUUCAACUAGAUGUCGCUCCACAGUCUCUGGACCCAGAAGUUUUAUUAAAAGUUAAAUCUGAGAUUGAAGAAGAACUGAAAUCCUUGGAGAAAGAAGUCUCUGAAGCCUUUACCAGCACAGGCUUUGACUGUCACACCUCACCAGUGUUUAGCCCUGCUAACCCUGAAAGCUCAAUAGAAGACUGCUUGGCCCAUCUUGGCGAAAGAGUGUCCCAGGAUCUGAAAGAGCCUUUGCAUAAAGUGUUGCAAGUGAUCCUCAGCCAGCCAGUGACAUAUCAGGCAUAUCGUGAAUGUACAGUGGAGACUGCAGUUCAUGCCAGCGGAUGGAAUAAGAUUUUGGUGCCUCUAGUUUUGCUACAACAAAUGCUUUUGGAAUUGACACGGCGAGGUCAAGAGCCCCUGAGUACCCUGGUACAGUUUGGCGUGACGUAUCUGGAGGACCAUGCAGCAGAAUUCAUCAUUCAGCAAGGUGGCUGGGGCACUGUCUUUAGUCUUGAGUCUGAGGAGGAAGAAUACCCUGGAAUCAUUGCAGAAGACAGUAAUGACAUUUAUAUCCUGCCCAGUGACAACUCCGGACAAGUCAGUCCCCCAGAGUCCCCAACGGUGACAACCUCUUGGCAAUCUGAGAGCCUACCUGUCUCACUGUCUGCUAGCCAGAGCUGGCACACAGAAAGCCUCCCGGUCUCCCUUGGGCCUGAGUCCUGGCAGCAGAUCGCCAUGGAUCCUGAAGAAGUGAAAAGCUUGGACAGCAGCGGGGCCGGGGAGAAGAGUGAGAACAACUCUUCUAACUCCGACAUUGUGCACGUGGAGAAGGAGGAGGUACCAGAGGAGGCGUUCCCAGGAGCCGCCGCCGCUCCCUUGCUCCCACAGAUCACCACCAAGGAAGCCACAGAAGUGAGAGUCGAGAAAGGCAGCCCCACUCCAUCUGUGUUUGUGGAGUUUGGCGAGGAGGAGCUGGAGGCAGCAGCCGUGAGACCUGCUGCCUUGGAGGGGGCGGAGCGGGCCGUCCAGCUGAGCACGGAGGGGGCCGGGAGCAGGAAAGAGAGCCACACUGGGGAGGCCACUGCUGCCAGGGCAGCCAAGGGUGCCGUGGGCGCUGAGGGCAAGGCGGUACUGCUGUUUGGAGGGGCCGCUGCGGUUGCCAUCCUAGCAGUGGCCGUUGGAGUUGCAUUGGCUCUAAGGAAGAAGUAAGGGCUUCUUCAGAGGAGAAGACAGAAGGACAUAUGGCUUUAGUUGUAUCCACUGGAACUUAGACCGCCAGCAGCUGGCUGGACCUUACAGGACACUGGGGAAUUGGGUUUUCUCUUCAGCAUGGCAGUGGCUUGAGAUACUGUCCCCAUUGGCCUGCUUGUCAUCCCAAGGGCCUUGGCUCAGCUAGAUUUGGAAGGGUAAGAGUGAAGUUCCCAUCUAGAACAGGCCUGUCCACUUGGGCACCCUUGACCUUUCAGUAAUUCUCUGUAGGAGGCCGCCUUGUGCGUUAUGUAAUGAUCGGCAACAGCCCUGGCUUCUUUCUACCCACUAGAUGCCAGUGGCACCCCACUCCCAGUGAGGGCAGCCAAAAAUGUCUCCUACAUUGCCAAAUGUCCCCCGUGGACAAAGUUACCCCUGUUGAGGGCCAUUGCUUUAAAGGAUAGGGUUCAAUUAAGAGAAUCUGGGGGGCAGGGCAAGAAUCUGGAGGAGGAAGCCGCAGCUGGGGCCAGCCAGCUGUUCAUCCUGUUGCAGUUUCUCGGAACAGGUGAACUUGCUAUGCUCUGCAGCUGUUUUUAUUCUGGUUCCCCAUUCUGUAGCGUGAGGUGCUCUCCCACAUUGCACCACCUCUCAGGUACUGCAGCACAGUGCGUCUCACUCUUUCAUACCCAACAACCCCCCGAAGCUUCCCAUGGCUCCAUCUUUUAAAGAUGCUGCCUUUAGGAACCUUUUAAAAGAUAAAUACCCAGGCCAGGUUUGGUGGCACCAUCUGUAAUCCCAGCAUUUAGGAAGUAGAGGCAAAGAGAGUAUCGCGAGUUCAAAGCUAGCCUAGUGUACAUACUGAGUUUGAGAGCAGCCAGGACUGCAUGGUGAAACCUUGUCCCAAGAAGAGAUAAAUAUGUUGAAGCUGUGGGGACUUAGGGUCCUCCAGUCUGAUUGGCAGUACAGGUUUCAGGCCGCAGUCAUUGUUCUCAGAGGCAGGAAGGUGGUCUACACAACCCGUCAAGGUCUGUUUGACCUCUUCCUCAUGUAGCUAGCCACCCCAGGUGCCCAUGACUUAGCAGUGAGACCUCUGAUGACAUGUACUUCAUCUAGAAGCCUGGGUUAGUGUGUUUCCCAGUACCUGACCUUGGUCAUUGGGACAUCAUCAGCUUCUCUGUGGGUCCCCUACCAUGUAGGAAGCAGGUCAGCCUUUGACUUACAGAACAAGUUGGAUCAUAACCCGUAUUCAGUGUAAAUCAUUGAAAGAAAUGAUAAAACCUUAUCAUUUAAUAUUAGGUAUCACUUAAUGAAAAGUGGGACAGAAACUUGAAUUUUAGACUGAGACUGCUGCUCAGGAGCUGUUUGUUGGUCUUCAGAGUCCAAGGAGACCCCUUGGCCUGAACGCUUGUCAACCCGAUGCCAGGGUGACAGACCAGGAGGACCCCAUGCACUCACUCUGUAGCUAGUGGGACUCAGCGGGACCUUCCAGCACUUGGCUGACCCCACCCCUCAAGGAGGGCUGGGGCCUGCCCCUCUCAUGCCUGCGGGCCACAGUGCUACCUGCAAGGCACAUGUGCUUGGUAAGAAGUCUUCUCAGAUUUAACUUAGACAUGUAACAUUACUUCUUAGAUCCUGAAAUUUAUAAUAAAAAUACUUUUAAGUACUCUGAUCACUGAGAGCUGAUGUAUUAAAUGUGCUUGAUUUUUUAAAAAUUAUUUUUUAAAGAAAUUAUCCCUAAAAAAGUACUUCAAAGAGUUGUUCAAGAGGAGAUCUGAGCAUGUCUGUGUGUUCUGUCGAUGUGUUGCACUGUGAUGCCCUGUUGUGAGUUUGUGUCCCAUGUAGGGAGUGAUGGUUGUUUUAAGGGUUCUCUCUAGUGUAGCUGGAGGUGAUGGGAGUAGUUUCCUCAGUUCUCACAGCUGAUGUGGCUCUAUAGUCUGUCUCACGGGUCACAGAGACUGGCGGGUCACCUUGAUUGUUGUUGUUGUUUUUAAGAUUUUUCUUCCAGUGUUAACCCUUUGGAACUUUGUAUUCUUUAAGGGCUAAUAGUCAUGUUCAGAUGGGAGUGGCUAAGAAGUCUGUUAUAGGAUAUUUGUAUCGGGGUUCUCCACCAAGGCAGGAACAGGAAAGAUGUGAUCCUGAGCUAUAACUGCUUGUUGCUUUAUUUUACUACCCAUGAACACUAACCUAGUCUGCCCAAGUAUAUUCUUCUGGGUGCUGGUAAGUAGAUAACCUCCCAUUAGUUCUCUGCACAUGGAAUCUUAUUCCUGGGAGGUAGGUGUGUGGUGUUGCAUUGCCCACUGCUUGGCAGUGAGACGGAGUGGCCCCACAAGGGUGCUACUCUGUCUCUGCACUUCCUAGGUUUGCCAUCCUUUAAACAGAUACAAAUAAACAGGCAGUCUCCCGAUGUAGCCUAGGCUGGUCUUGAGUUUGUACUCCAGCCUCAGGACUGAGAUUACGAGUAUGUGUCACCACACCUGGUCUUGCUGUUACAUGAAAAUUAGUUCUCAAGUCCUUGUUCUUCUGGGGGCUGAUAGUAGGCCGUUUGUGCCCCCGGACUAAAGAUUCAGAUUGCAUUCAACUUGAUUAGGGAACACACAGCAUCAGAUCGAGGCGCCACAGCCUCCUCUGUUCUUUGUGAACCAGAGGAAAGAAGGCUGUACUAGUUAGUGACUGUCACCUGUGUGUGCACUUCGUGCUGGGACUGUGCUGCAUACUAGUCAAGUGCUUUACCACACUAGGCAAGUGCUCCAUCCCUCCUACACCUUGACCCUUGGUAGAAGUCUUAACUGCCCCACUCAGUGAAUUGAUGGAUGCUCACUUAGCCAAAAGCCAGUACGCUUUUCCUGACAAAACCACCAGAACUAAAGAAUACCAACUUAAUCUUCUGAGCUGACAAAUCCGAGUCCAGAGUGCCUUAGCAGGAGGGACUUGCAUGAUCACUGCCUUCUAGAAGAGGGUCUAGACCAGUGGUUCUCAACCUGUGGGUCAGGACCCCUUGGGGGUGGGGCAUAUAUCAGCUAUCCUGCAUAUCAGGUAUUUGCAUUACAAUUCAUAGCAGUAGUAAAAUUACAGUAAUGAAGUUAUGUGGUUGGGGAUCACCACACCACAACCUGAGGAACUGUGUUACAGGGUCGCAGCAUUAGGAAGGUUGAGAACAUUGCCCUAGGUUAACAUGCCCAUUUGGCCUGGUUCAUGUAUACCUCACCCAGAGCACCCCGGCCCCUCCUGCCUGGGUUCCAGCCUCUUCACAUAUCAUUUGUCCUAGGGAGAGUGGAGUUCUCGGAGCCUGGGCCUUUGCCCACAGCUGCCACUGUGCUAAGGCCCCCCUCCCCCCACCCGCCCCUCGCCCCUGGCAGAGAACACAGCGCCUGCUCCGCCUUUUGCUCUCAAGGUGAGAUGUGGACAUCUGACCUUUUAAGAGCUACUUUAUAGGAUUUCUAGCUAAAAAAAAAAAAAGUUCUUUUCUUUCUCUUAUUUUAGGUCUUCAUGAAUUCUACAUGAGCUCUCUGCUCACUAGUAUGAUCAGCCUUGGCCUCUGUCUCACACACACACACACACACACAAUCCUUUAGCAACAGUACAGCCCUGAGAACCUCCAUUUGUGAGAGGGCCGUGGUAUGCCAUGUUGGUAUACCUUCUAAGUGAGCUUUGUGUGGUCAUUGCCCCCUCCUGUUGAUAUUGAUUGAGCACUUACUACUUGCCAGAGGCUUGAGGGCUUUCAUACCUCUGGCUCCUUCAGGUCCGGGAACCGCUCCUCGCAGCUAGACUUCCCAUGUUACAGUGGGAACUUGCCCAGAACGCCUGGUUCAUCUAGAGGCCUAGCUUAUCAGAAGCUUUCCUAGUGACCUUACCUGUGUUGGCAGUCCCCAUAGAGAGCUGUGCCGUUUACGGCACAGACUGGGGUAGCCUAUGCUCCACUUCCUGUUUCUUCAGAUGUACUAGAGGCUAGUCUAAGCACUGAAUUCAGUGAGUACAGAAAACCAAGGAGUAUAUACCCAGUAACUCCAGAUUUCGGUGGGUCGUUCAUGAUCUCUGGUCCUCUUCCCUGUGGUGGCCAUCAGUCCAGGGUCUGAUGGACUGAUGGCAUAAGGAGGGAUAUGGGACACCUAGAGGGAUUUUGGAUUCUUGACACUCAGACUCAGGAAUGACCAGGUAGUCUUCCAUCUUGUUCAUCUGAAAAGUGCUUCCCAGUGAAAUCCUGCCACAGAAUUGACUCUUGUGGUUGCACAGCCAUGGAACCUUUAAAUAGAGUUCCGUGGAGAGGUGGAAGCUGUUGUGGAAAGAUGAACACAUUGUCUUUUUCACACAGCCCGUCCCGCCUCUUGUUUACACAAGGCCCCAGCCCUCCGCUGCUUCAGUGUCGCUCAGGUCAGAAUCGUCUCAGGGACACUUGCAAGGCCUCACUCGGCCCACGUCGGAGCCAGCCCAGGGGUUCUUCUGUUUUCUCCUCUAAGAGGGUAUUUUAGACACUGCUUGUGCAGAGCUGGUUUGUAUCACAGAAGAACCCAGUUACUGGACACACUCCUUCAGCAAACACUGACAGGAAAAGCUAUGAAUUUAUCCAUGUAUGUGUGUGGAUGCAUGCCACAGUGUGCAUGUGGGAGGCAGAGGACACUUGUGAAGUCAACUGGUUGUCUCCUUUUACCGUGUGUCCUGGCACUUGGUGGAAGGCAGGCACUGUUACCCGUGGAGCUAUCAUGCCAGCGCCACAUUUUGUCAUUUUGAGAUGACAGGUUGGUUUGUGGAGGCCUUCACCAAGGUUAGCUACAGCUCUCCUUAGUGAGGUCUGAAAAGGUCUGUCUGGUCCCUGUGGACAUGGGCCAUGUUGGCCAGCACAGAGGGGAAAGGAAAACAUGUUUUCCUGGACCUGUAUUUUCCCUGCUCUUGUAAUCUCUUUCUUCCUUCAGAUUAAAAGUGCCUCUCUCUCUCCUAACUCCUUGAUUCAGCUCAGUCUGUUCCUGGGUCUAGUAUCUUGUACUCUCCCCUCCCCCUGAAGUACUGGAAUGGCGAUUAAUAACAUAGCAGAGUCAGGCAGAUACAGCUGUUAAUGUUUGCCCAGACUGCAUGAAGUCUGGGUUUGAUCCCAGCACCACAUGAACUGGGCAUGGAUACAUACCUGUAAUUCCAGCACUCAGGUGCAGGAAGGAAGGCCAUACUUGGCUAAGAGCUAAAGGCCAGCCUUUAAUACAUGAAAUCCUAUCUUUAAAAAAAUAAAAUUAGCACUGGGUGUGGUGGUGCACGCCUUUAAUCCCAGCAUUUGGGAGGCAGAGGCCAGCCUGGUCUACAGAGUGAGUUCCAGGACAGCCAAGGCUGUUAUAGAGAAGAACUCUGUCUCAAAGGAAAAAAAAGGAAAGUAGCAUAAGCAUGUGACUCAGGCAGCACCCGUUUCCAGUCAGCUCUGUGACUGCUACUGUCUGACUUGCUAAGUUCAUUAUUGUGAAUUGUUCUGGCUCCUUUCCCUUCCUGUUGUCUACUUUGUGCCCAAUCUAUUCUUUAUCUCUGGGAAAGUGACAAAAUUCAAGUCUACAAACUGUGCUUUCAGUCAGAAGCAAUGUCUUGGGGGGACACACCCUGAAGGUGACAAUAAAAUGGAACUUUAUGAUAA